CCAGAGCAAGAGUAAAACGCGAGCUCGCAGAGUCGUCUGGCUCCCAGGCUUACGAUGUAUGUUAAUUACGACAAAACAUUCCUCGUUGUACGUUUGCACUCAGACGCGUAAACUCCCUGCUUUUAUUUUGAAAAGGACAGACAGGAAGUCGUUGACGUUCAUUUGACGUUCCGUCGUUCUGGCUACAGAUGAAUGACGCGCAGGUCCCGUACCGCCGCAGUACCAUUGUUGACGGUCCCCACUCAUGGCGGCAGCCAGUUCUCACCGUUAAAGAAUAACAAACAACGUCCGUACUGAACAGCUGAAACUUGACGAGUGAAGAUUCGGGUUCGCAAAUCGAUGGCGGUUAUAGUCUGAGGACCACCGCCUUUGGAAGCCGAGCUUUAGCGGGGUAGGAUUCCGCCAUCAUGGCUAACGCUGGUAGUCAGCAGCAGACACAGGCCGUCAGCAAACCCGCGCCGGGGAAACAUGGAAACGUAUUGCCCCUAUGGGGCAACGAGAAGACCAUGAACCUCAACCCGAUGAUUCUCACCAAUGUCCUCUCCUCACCUUACUUCAAAGUUCAACUCUAUGAACUGAAAACGUACCACGAGGUCGUGGACGAAAUCUACUUCAAGGUAACCCACGCCGAACCCUGGGAAAAAGGAAGCCGAAAAACUGCGGGCCAAACUGGAAUGUGCGGAGGGGUACGUGGAGUUGGCACUGGUGGUAUUGUGUCAACUGCUUUCUGUCUUCUUUACAAACUGUUUACCCUUAAGUUGACGCGCAAACAAGUCAUGGGUCUGAUCACUCACACAGACUCUCCCUACAUUAGAGCACUUGGCUUUAUGUACAUAAGAUACACUCAGCCCCCUCCAGAUUUGGUGGAAUGGUAUGACGACUUCCUGGAUGAUGAGGAGGAGCUAGACGUGAAGGCAGGGGGAGGCUGUGUGAUGACCAUUGGAGAGAUGCUGCGCUCCUUCUUGACCAAACUGGAGUGGUUCUCCACUCUGUUUCCUCGCAUCCCAGUACCCGUGCAGAAAAUGAUUGACCAGCAGAUGAAGGCUCGGCCUCGAAAGAUUCCUCAGAAGGAGCCAGUGGAGGAGGAGGAGGGCCAGUUCACAGAGUCAGGGAGGCCAGGAGAACACCGGCGCACCAGGAGCCCCAGACGCACACCAACUCCGAGGAGGUCACCCAAACGGUCAAGGAGCAGGAGCCAUCACCGUGAACGGGACCGCCAUGGUCCAAGCUUUGACCGUGAGCUGGAGCGGGAGCGCGACCGGCAGAGGAAGGAGAGGGAGGGCAGGGAUAGGGACAGAGACAGAGACCGGGAGAGAGGAGAGCGGGAGAGACGCCGGUCACGCAGCGCAGACAGGAACCCAGACCGGCGAGAGCGUCGAAGCAGCGGCAGCCGGGAACGAAGGAGUGAGCGGAAAGACAGGGAGAAGGACGGGGGGGAAAUUGACCGGAGCAGGAGGAAGGAGAGGGAUCACCACAAAGAUCGGGGCAAUGAUAGGGAGAGGUCCAGGGAUAAGAAGAGCAGGGGAGAGACUGAGGAGAGGCGACACAAAGAUGACAGGGAAAGGCACAGGGAGGAGAGGAAAUCCAAGCGGUCCAGCCGGAGCCGGAGCAGGGAGAAGCGACACAAAAGUAGUAGAACAGAGGGCGGAGAGGAGAAGAGCAGGAAAAAAGAACGCAGUCACAGCCGAGAAAGAGACAGGGACAGAGAGGGAGAGCAGCGCUCUCACAAACGUAGCAGGAGCAAAGAGAAGAGCCAUCGGCAGCGAGACUCCAGUAAUGACCACGGUAAACACGGGGAUCGUCGAAGGAGCCAGAGCAUCGAGAAAAUGUCACCUUAGAGCAAUAUCACCUUCUACUUCUGUGGUCCUCCUUUACUUUUGUUCAGUUCUUUUUUUACUUGAUUAUCUAGUCUGUCACAUGUGCUAAAGAGUGAAGAUGUUGGCACAACAAACUUCUGGAAUUGUCUGGCCGAUGUAACGUUGCUUUCUGUUGAUCGUUUUCUGCCUUUCUCACUCCUCUCCUCUAGACCAUUGUUAGUCUUCACCUGAGAUUUGUAAAAGUGUGGCAUUUUAAUUUUCUAUGGUUCGUUAUUUUUCUCGGAGGAGGUUCAAUGGCUUUGUACAGAGAGAGCCUGAGAAUGUUUCAAUCAUCUGGAGCAGUCCGCAAAGGGGAAUUUGUACACACACCGAGCCCUCGCUUGCGCUGUGUUUGGGUUAUUGCUCUGUUGCAUUUUGUUUUCUAAUAAAAUACUUUUAUGGACGAA